AUGGUAAUUCUACAAGAGAUGCCAUUUACAACAGUUGAACAUCCAGCAUUUCAGACCUUUGUUAGGAACCUUAGACCAGAAUUUCAUAUUGUUUCAAGGACAACAUUGUCUUCUGAUUGCUUUAAAAUUUAUGAAAAGGAAAAACGAAGACUUGAAGAUUUGUUCAAGAUGAACUGUGGAAGAAUCAGCUUAACAUCGGACAUGUGGACAUCAAAUCAAACAUUGGGAUACAUGUGUCUCACUGCACAUUAUAUCACUAAUGAUUGGAAACUGAAAAAGCAUAUUAUCAAUUUUAAGUUAGUUCCUUCACCACAUACAGGCUUAGUCAUUAGUGAUGCUAUAGCUAACUGUAUUUUAUCUUGGAAUAUUGAGAAAAGGUUGGGUUCAAUCACUCUUGAUAAUUUGUCAGCAAAUACAGUUGUAGCAACAGAACUUCAAAAACAAUUUAAAAAAGAUUUACUUUUGGAUGGUAAAUUCUUUCAUGUGCGUUGCUGUGCACAUAUUCUUAAUUUGAUUGUGAAGGAUGGGUUGAAGGUAGCGGAGGGUGCUAUUCAUAGGAUCCGCGAGGCUGUUAAAUAUAUAAAAUCAUCUCAAGGAAGGUUGGAAUUAUUUAUGGGAAUUGUGAAACAAUUCAAGAUGAAUGGUAAAAAACGGAUAUGCUUAGAUGUACCUACUCGUUGGAAUUCUACAUAUCUCAUGUUAAAUGAUGCUAUACAAUUCAAGGAUGUAUUUAUGCGACUUGUGGCCCGGGAUCCUAAUUUUGAAGGUGCGCCAACUGAGGAAGAUUGGUCUCAAGGCAUCAUUAUUUGUGACUUCUUAAAGGUUUUUCAUCUUAUAACUGAAGUUUUUUCACAAACAAAAAAUCCAACUGCAAAUUUGUAUUUCUAUGAGAUUUGGAGAAUAAAUAUGCUCUUGAUUGAAGAAUCUAGGAGUUCAAAUGCAGUUGUGAUGAUGAUGGCUUUAAAGAUGCAAGAAAAAUUUGACAAGUAUUGGAAGGAAUGCUCUCACAUUCUUGCUGUAGGGGUUGUCCUUGAUCCAAGACAUAAGAUGAAUCUUAUUAGAUAUUGCUUUCAGACAAUCCAUGGUAAUGAUGAUCGUGCUUCAUUUGAGAUCAACAAAGUGCAUGAUGUUCUUCAAACUUUGUAUGAUAAUUAUGCAAUUUUAUAUGGCACAAAUGUCUCUCUUAAUCAAGUGGAUGAGAGGGUGUCUACAUCCCAUGGUGGAAGAGAUGAGAAUCGUUUUAUGCAUGGCUAUAAAGAAUUCAUCCAUGGAGUACAAGUUACCCAACCAUCUAAGUCAGAAUUAGAGACUUAUUUGGAAGAGAAGGUAUUUUACGAUCUCUAA